AUGGCCUUUGAGGCCUCCCUGGCAGACCUCCAAGCAGAGGCCAGCUGCCCUCUCUGCCUGGAUUAUAUCAGAGACUCAGUGACUCUUGAGUGUGGGCACAAUUUCUGUGACUCCUGUAUCCAUGAACGCUGGAACAAUCUGGAGGGUAUCUUCCCCUGUCCUGUCUGCCUCUACCACUGUCCUGACAGGAACUUCAAGAAGAACAACCAAUUGUGUCAUAUCAUUGACAUCAUUAAGCAGAUUCCCACCAGAAGGACUAAGUGGAAAUGUCAGGAAGAGAAACUCCUAUGUGAGAAGCAUAAUGAGUUGCUUGACUUGUUCUGUGAGAAGGACUUGGAGCUGCUGUGUCCCCAGUGCAGGGUCUCCACUGACCACCACGAUCAUGUCCUGGACCCCAUUAGUAAAGCUGCAGUGAGUCAGAGAAAGGAGCUCCAAAGAUACACAAAAUUUCUGAAGAAGAAGAUUAAAAAUGCUGAAAUGAAUUAUGAAAGUCAAUAUUUAAAUAUGUAUGAAGUGAGAAGGAAAAGAGAAAACUGGAAGAAAGAAUUGCAACGCGAAUUUGAAGAAAUUAAAACUUUCUUGAAAAAGAAUCAAGCUUUAAUUAAUAGUAGUUUGCUUUUGGAAGUGGAAGAUAUGGAGAAAAAACUAAUCAAUAACAAGCACCAAAUUUCAACCUACAUAUCCACACUUAAAAAUCUCUUAAAUGAAAUAGCAAUGAAAUCUUUGCAAAGUGACAUGGAUUUACUGACAAGCAUUGAAAUUCUUCGUGACAGGUAUGAACAGCUCUCAGCCCCAGAUGCCAGUUCAUGUGAAUUCAAGAAAAAUCAUGGCACUCUCCCUCCACAUUAUUUUGGUCUACAAAAAAUGAUUAGCACAUUCCAGGUAGAUUUGACACUAGAUCCUAAGACUGCUCAUUCGAGUCUAACUGUCUCUGAAGACAGGAAGAGUGUGAUGGUUAGAACAUCCUAUUUUGAUAAUCCUGCAGAAUAUACUGCUUACCCAGCUGUGCUCAGCUGUGAGGGCUUUGAGAGUGGCAGGCACUUUUGGCAGGUCGAAGUCAGAGGCACAGGGGAAUGGUCAAUAGGAUUGUGUAAAGAAUCUGUUGUCAGAAAAUGUCAGAAGUCACCAGUCCUAAAUACUUGCUUCUGGUCAUUUAAGCAAUUCAUGAGUAUCUCAGAAACCCUGGACACUGAGCAAGAAAAUAACUUAGUAAGAUUUGGCAUUUUUCUAGAUUUUGAAAGGGGAGAGACUUCGGUUUAUAAUUUGAAUAACAGGGCAUAUUUGUAUAAAUUCAAUGAUAUAUUUACAGAAAAAGUGAUGCCCUAUUUUGCUAUUGGGCCUGCUUUAAAACCAUUUUCCAUCAGUUUGGCCAGAGGAGAAUGA